ACUGCUGGCUAGAAAGUAGUAGUUGACAUAUUUAAGAGUUAGUGAUAAGCUUAUCGUUUUCAAAAAAUAGCUUGUUAACCUUCUUGGUCCUCUUCAUUAAUUAUACUAGUAGUAGUUGAUUGUAUCUGACAAUGAUUGGUGCUCUAUUCAUCAUUGGACUGUCAAUUGUCACCGCCGUUGACGGCCGUGAUGUGCUGAAGUUACCAUCUGAAGCAUCAAAGUUUUUCAGUGGUGGAUAUGAUGAUUCCAUGGGUAGUAGAUGGGCUGUGUUGCUUGCUGGAUCAAGAGGUUUCUGGAAUUACAGGCACCAGGCUGAUGUUUGCCACGCAUAUCAGUUGUUGAAGAAAGGUGGCCUCAAGGAUGAGAAUAUUAUUGUUUUUAUGUAUGAUGACAUCGCUCAUAAUUUUGAGAAUCCUAGGCCAGGAAUCAUCAUAAAUAGCCCUAGCGGUGAGGACGUUUAUAAAGGAGUUCCAAAGGAUUAUACGGGGCAUCAUGUUACAGUCAACAACUUCCUUGCUGUUAUCCUUGGGAACAAAUCCGCUCUUACUGGAGGCAGUGGGAAGGUGGUGGAAAGUGGUCCAAAUGAUCAUAUCUUCAUUUUCUACAGUGAUCACGGUGGUCCUGGGGUGCUUGGGAUGCCUAGUGGCCCUUAUCUCUACGCUGAGGAUUUAAUUGAUGUCUUGAAAAGGAAACAUGCGUCAGGGACAUAUGAGAGCUUAGUCUUUUACAUUGAAGCUUGUGAGUCUGGGAGUAUAUUUGAGGGCCUUCUUCCUGAAGGUCUUAAUAUCUAUGCAACAACAGCAUCAAAUGCUGAAGAAGACAGUUGGGGAACCUACUGUCCAGGAGACUAUCCAAGUCCUCCUCUAGAAUAUCAGACCUGCUUGGGUGACUUGUACGCUGUUUCUUGGAUGGAAGACAGUGAAAAACACAAUCCCCAAGCAGAAACUUUAGGAAUGCAAUAUGAGCUGGUUAAAAGGAGAACUGCCAACUCGUUUGCGCAUGCAAGUUCCCAUGUCAUGCAAUAUGGUGAUCUGAAGCUAAGGGAUGAUCCUCUUUCCCUUUAUUUGGGGACCAAUCCCGCAAAUGAUAAUUACACUUUUCUGGAUGAGAAUUCCUCAAUGCUAUCCUCAAAGCCUGUUAACCAGCGUGAUGCAGAUCUCUUGCAUUUCUGGGACAAGUUCCUCAAGGCUCCUCAAGGCUCAGAUAGGAAACUUGAAGCCCAGAAGCAGCUGACUGAAGCUAUGUCACACAGAAUGCACAUAGACGACAGCAUUGCACUUGUUGGAAAGCUUCUAUUCGGGAUUGAGAAAGGUCCUGAGGUGCUGAAUAAAGUCCGACCUACUGGCGAGCCUCUUGUUGAUGAUUGGGACUGUCUUAAAUCCUUUGUAAGAACAUUUGAAACACAUUGUGGAUCAUUAUCCCAGUAUGGAAUGAAACAUAUGCGUGCCAUUGCUAACAUGUGCAAGGCUGGUAUAAAAAUGGAGCAGAUGGCCAAGGCAUCAGCACAAGCUUGUGUGAGUAUUCCUUCCAACUCUUGGAGUUCACUUGACGAGGGAUUUAGUGCGUAGGACACAAAUUUCUGGGCUCUCAGGGUAUCAUCAUCUUGGCAUCAUUGUCCUCAUGUUUAUCUAUAUGUACAAUGAUUGUACAUAUGCCAUUUAGAAUAAAAAGGAUAGUACAUAUGCUUCUUUCUUAAGAUGUUACUGAUCUUGUAUAAGUAAAGCCAACAAAUAUUUAUCACUUUGUUGUGUUAAUGCAUUGGAUUGUGACGAGA